AUGGAUGCUCUCUCGGAGCACGUCAUUAAGGAAGGUUUUCGCCUUACUGGAAUCGUCCCUAUUGAUGCGCAAUUAGCCAUGGAGCAAGAGAUCAGAGAUGCUAAUGAUGAGACUAAUGAUAUAUGGGUAGACGGCUUUCCUGAUAGAGAUGGAGACAGAGAUGAAGCUCAAGACCGCGAGCUCGCUAGCUGUAUCACUAUGUCACCGCCGCGAGACGUUCUAAACACAGAAUCGACGUCUCAGAAGCUUCUCAAUGAUAUCGCCGCUGCUCGACGCCGUCUAGCUACCCUUAAGCGGACGGCCACGUCAAUAAGGAAGAGGAAUAAUGAGAGUGCUAAGGAGAGAAAUCAUCGCGAGGACGGAGAGAGACGUCGUCUAAAGAGCUUCCUAUCUAUCGUGGAGAGAGUUUUACACCGGUCUACGCUUAUUUGUAGCACUGCAGGAAAUUCGACGGAGGGCCUUGCCCAGUUCCGUGCCGACAAUCAGCUUCUUCUUACCCAUACCCACAAUCGGACGACGAGGCCCUCUGGCCGGCAGAUCAGGAUAGUUGGACCACUCACAAAAGGCGAUGCAAAUAAGGAUAUACGCAAGUGA